AUAGUACCCUUAACCUUCUUCAUCGUAUAAAACCUUUCACAAUUCAUUCUCUCCAUUAAUCAAAUCAAAUCCUUAGGGUUUUCUUCGUACAAUCGGAGAAGAGAUUACAAAGGAGAAGAUGCGUCACGACGAAGCUAACGGAGAUGAAAACAACAAAAACGAGAAUUACUUAGCUCUGGGCUUGGAGAGCUCGCCUUUCAAGUCUCUUGGUGGCAAAGACUCAAAGUCUCGACAGGAUGUUGAAAAGGAAUCUUCAAGAAGCAGAGGCAAGGGCCGUGAGAGUGAGAGGAGCAGGGAGAGAGAUAGGGAGCGAGACCGCCAUAGUGAGAGAGAUGAUGAUGAUCACAGAAUUCGAAGGAGGAGGUCUCGCGAUCGUGAGAGAGAGGAGAGACACAGGCGACGUUCACGCUCUCGAUCGAGAAGUCGCUCGCGUAGGUCUGAGCAUAGAUCACGUUCCCGGUCAAGACCACCGUCCAAGAGCAAGAGGGUAAGUGGAUUCGAUAUGCCGCCCCCUUCUUCUGCAAUGUUAGCUCCUACGGCAGUUGCUGCAGCAGUUUUGGAAACAUCAUAGUCGGUUACACGGUGUGACUUUGUAAGAAGGCAUGUUGGGUUAGUUUACCCACUGUGCGGACAAUGAGCAGACCCCUCUAGCUUUUAAUAGUACAAAGAGGAAUCAGUGCAACGGUUGUCAUGGGUAUUCUUCGUCUUCGACUGGCAGCUAUAUGAAAGAAUAUGCUCAACGAUAUGUUCCUAUAUUCUAGGAUCUCGUUACUUGACCAUAUCCCUUGUAUAGUGGAACCGUAGAACAACCUUGUGUAUAUAUUGAUUGUAUCGUGUUUAUGUUUGAUCAAGGAAAUACAUACAAUUUCAUGGUAUCAGAGCUAAAGCUCUUGAGACCCUAAUCUUCUUCCUCUUCCCUUUCUUUCUAAAUUUCUUUCUACCAUCCCUCUCUUCUAAAGUUCUCUGCCAAUGGCCGCACCAAAUCCCGUUGAUUUCGACCGUGAUUACUUAUAUUCUCAUGAUUUCUUCUCACCUAGCAACUGGGAGCGCUUUCUUUAUUGCCAGUUCAGGCAAUGACUCAGCAGGCAACUAGGCAUGCUAGACGUGUCUAUGUUGGUGGCCUUCCACCCACUGCAAAUGAACAGUCGGUGGCAACUUUCUUUAGCCAAGUGAUGUCAGCGGUUGGGGGAAACACUGCUGGGCCAGGCGAUGCGGUGGUGAAUGUUUAUAUAAACCAUGAAAAGAAGUUCGCCUUUGUAGAGAUGAGAUCUGUUGAGGAGGCUAGUAAUGCAAUGGCAUUAGACGGAAUUAUAUUAGAGGGGGUUCCUGUAAAGGUGAAGAGGCCUACUGACUAUAACCCAUCCCUUGCUGCAGCUCUUGGUCCGAGCCAGCCUAAUCCCAAUCUCAACUUGGCGGCUGUUGGAUUUUCCUCGGGGUCUACUGGUGGGCUUGAGGGUCCGGACCGCUUAUUUGUGGGUGGGAUUCCAUAUUACUUGACAGAGGAUCAGAUCAGGGAGCUCUUGGAGUCCUUUGGGCCGCUAAGAGGUUUCAACUUGGUUAAAGACAGGGAAUCCGGAAACUCGAUGGGAUAUGCAUUCUGUGUAUUCCAGGAUCCUUCAGUCACAGAUAUUGCAUGUGCUGCUCUAAACGGGAUUAAGAUGGGCAAUAAGACACUUACGGUAAGGCGUGCAGUCCAAGGUGCGAUUCAACCUAAGCCUGAGCAAGAAGAUAUAUUACUUCAUGCCCAACAGCAGAUUGCUUUGCAGAGGCUUAUGCUACAACCAGGAGGCACGCCCACCAAGAUUGUAUGUUUGACUCAAGUGGUUACAGCUAAUGUUCUUGGAGACGAUAAAGAAUAUGAAGACAUAAUGGAGGACAUGAGACAGGAAGGUGGAAAAUUUGGUAACUUGGUGAAUGUUGUGAUUCCGAGGCCCAAUCCGGAGCAUGAUCCAACACCAGGAGUUGGGAAGGUUUUCUUAGAGUAUGCGGAUUUGGACAGCGCAGCAAAGGCAAGAUCUGGGAUGAAUGGAAGAAAGUUUGAUGGAAACCAAGUGGUAGCUGUGUAUUACCCCGAAAACAAGUAUGCACAAGGCGACUACGAAGCCUGCUGAUCCUUCUUUACUUUCUUUGGACCUCUUAGCAAGAAGUUUGAAUCUUUUUUUUUUUUAAUGUAUGGAGUGUUCAGAUUAUGACUGCAUUAGUAUCAAUUGAGUGUAUUGGAUAAUUUAGUCUUUGGUUUCAUUGAAACACCCUUUUGAGUUAUGUUA